ACAAUAAUUUCACCCAUUUUCCGCCAAAAGAAUAAAAUAAAAAAAAAGUUUACAGAGAGAGACAGAGAGAGAGAGAGAGAGAGAGAGAGGGAGCGCUCUCAACUUUCAUAUUCGAAGAUUCAAUAAGGCUUUGAUUUGAGGUGAAACUGAACCAAAAGGGGAAAAGUUGGUCGCCAUCACCACGAGCUCACUGUAAUUGUUUUGACAGAGAGAGGGAGAGGGAGAGAGAGGGAGAGGGAUUGAGCUGAUCUUGGUGGUGGUUGGUGGGUGGAGAGAUGGCGAUACUGUACGCGCUGGUAGCACGGGGAUCGGUGGUGCUGGCGGAGUUCAGCGCCACGUCGACGAACGCGAGCACAAUCUCCAGACAAAUCCUCGAGAAAAUUCCCGGCAACAGCGACACCCACGUCUCCUACUCUCAGGAUCGCUACAUCUUCCACGUCAAGCGCACCGAUGGCCUCACCGUCCUCUGUAUGGCCGACGAGACCGCCGCCCGGAGAAUGCCUUUCGCUUUCCUCGAAGACAUUCAUCAGAGAUUCGUCAGGACCUAUGGCCGCGCUGUUCAUUCGGCUCAGGCAUACGGCAUGAACGAUGAAUUUUCUAGGGUUUUGAGCCAGCAGAUGGAAUACUACACCAAUGAUCCUAAUGCCGAUAGGAUCAAUCGCCUCAAAGGUGAAAUGAGCCAGGUGCGAAAUGUGAUGAUUGAGAACAUUGACAAAGUUUUAGAAAGAGGGGAUCGCUUGGAAUUGCUGGUUGAUAAAACUGCUAAUAUGCAAGGGAAUACCUUCCGAUUUAGAAAGCAAGCUCGCCGUUUCAGAAGCACUGUGUGGUGGAGAAAUGUCAAGCUCACGGUUGCAUUGAUAUUCCUUGUGCUGGUGAUAAUUUAUGUUGUGCUGGCUUUUGUUUGCCAUGGCCUUGCACUACCCUCCUGCUUGAAGCGAUAGUGAGAAACAAGUGAGACUGGAAUGUGCUUCCUCUUCAUAUUCCUCCUCUUCUGGGUAUAUGGGAUUCUUCUAUUUAAACUUCCACUGUUGUAAGUUGUGUCAGAGUGUCAUUUCUAUGUGAUUUGAAAUGGCUCAGUUGUGUGUGUUAGCCCGUGGGAGUUUUGAACUGGUUCCGGUUGUAUGUUUGUUUUUCUUUUUUGGCCAAAAGGUUGUAUGUUUCUUAAAACCAUAGCUUGAUGAGUUUAUAUUUGUGGCU